GAGAUUUCACACUUUUACGCACGGGACGCAGCUUUUCCCUGACUACAGGGUUUUUAACCAGAGCUUAAAUUUAUACAUUUCUAACAACAAAUAAUCAUAAAACCCUCAAGGAUCAGAUAUCCUAAUUAGACACAUAUAAUUAUAAGCAGAAUCUAAGCAGAGAUUCCGUUUGUUCUCGUGUUUUGGAUUAAAGUUUCCAAUGGAACACACGUGUGUUUUUGCAACUUUCAUCAUGACAGUUUUGCCUCCUGCGAAAAAAGCGUCCACUAAACUUUUUUUUGUCCAUCCGGUUGAAUUAUGGCGUGACGUCAUUUACAGUGGCCAAUCAGGACAGAGCUUCCCUCCUUUUUUGGGCCAAUGGGAGACGACGAGCAGCGCUUGUCAGUCACAGGUGAGGGUGGACGUUAGAAAAAAUUGGGUGAAAAGAGCCAGAGAGUGGAGCGAUCCCGGGCUGAUGACAGAGCUGUACGGAGGAGCAGCAUCGUGCCUGCGGAUGUAGCAGGAACUUUCCACGGCUUCUCCUGCGGGGAUGCGACCACGAACCCACUGUGGAGGGGAAAAGUUAACAGCCACAGCAGAGCUCCACGAAGGGAGGAGACUAAAAUGUCCAUGAAGUGACUUUUACUCCACUUAUCUGGGCCGGUUAUUUAGUCAACUUGAAGACAGAGGAAACUUUUUCUUUUUGCUGCAGUGAAAAUGGCCGUUCGUGGGAACUCGCUGAUGCCGUUCUCAAUCCAAGCCAUCCUGAACAAAAAGGACGACAGCCGACACUUGCCAGAUUUGGACAUGUGUUUCUCCAAGUCUGCGUGCUGGAAAAUAUUUGGGGAGAUGAACGGCGGGUCGAGGAGGGACGACGGUGAAGCGUGUGAGCCGAUGGACCAGAAAAACUACGACUCGGACUCGGGACUCAGCGACGACAACGACAGCAAGACUCCGGCCACGUGCAAGUCGGAGAAGGACGGGGACGCCGCGUCGGAUGUGCCGGAGGAAAGUGUGCAGGAGGAGACGGACCAUGAGUCUGCAGCUGCGGAGAACGCAAAGAGCGACAGUGAGCCCAACAAUGCCACGGACUCCAGCACGUUGGACGAGAAGACUCUGGAUCAGCCCAAACAGCGGAAAAAGCGCUCCAGAGCCGCUUUCUCCCACGCGCAGGUCUUUGAGCUGGAGCGUCGCUUCAACCACCAGCGGUACCUGUCCGGGCCGGAGCGCGCGGACCUCGCGGCCUCCCUGAAGCUCACAGAAACUCAGGUCAAGAUCUGGUUCCAGAACCGUCGCUACAAGACGAAACGCCGCCAAAUGGCCGCCGAUCUGAUGGCGUCCACCCCGGCGGCCAAGAAAGUGGCGGUGAAGGUUCUGGUGCGGGACGACCAGAGACAGUACAGCCCGGGAGAGAUCCUGCGGCCCCCGCUGCUCUCCCUGCAGCCGUCCUACUAUUACCCCUACGCCUACUGCCUCCCUGCGUGGACACUCUCUGCGUGUGCGGGGAACCAGUGAGAUCUCAGUCAUGACUGUAUUUAUUCAGAUCCUAUUUUUUACUGUUUUUUUUUUGCUCCCAGGAAAUCAAACAAAAUAAACUAAACUAUUUUUUUUCUUCUGACAAGAGGAGGAUAAUCUGCUCAGCGGUCUCUGGUUGUAGUGCAUCUUCGUUGCUGUUCAGGCCAGAGCAAGCGUUUUUAUGCAUCCACAUCCUCAAAAAUGACUCCUUAUUUUGAGUUAAUACAGAGGAUCCCCGAUACAGACGAUAUUCUACACGAUUUAAAGAAUAUAAUCGUGAAUAUCUGAGCUGUGAGAGGGUGGAGCGAUGUGACUGGACCUCUUUUUAAAUAUCAGUAUGUUUAACUUUGAGGAGAACAUCAAAGGCAAGGAUUCCCUGAAGGACACCUGAAGCCCGACACCCCCGGACCCGGACCCGGACCCCAUUUUGUGACCCUGAGGCCUCCACAGACUGAAAGUGUGUCACCUUAUGCUGGUUUAUAUUUUUUACAUGCGCCUUCCUACCUCUGCAGUGAUUGGAAAUAGGCAUAUUCCAUUGACUUUUCAAAUAACUGUCUCUGUUACAGGUUGUGUGUGUUUUUUGUUUUGUUUUUUUUGUUUUUGUUUCCUUGCUGUGUUUGUAAAGGUAAGAUAUUUCAGCACUUUUUGAGCAUAUGCAUUAUUACAUUAUUUCAAUGUAUAAAAAAAAAGAAAGACAUUAUAGUUCGGAUAUUUUGUACAGUGUCAGGCUGAAGAGAGGGUGUUGUUGUUGUUGUGUCGUUGGCCUGCAGUGAUCGUGUGGCAGGAAAACAGGAUAAAUUGUACAUGUGUUACUCCUGUUAAAUGACAACAUUAAAACAUAUCAGGCAUUA